UCGAGGAUAGAAACCCUCGGACGCUGACUGAUUAUCGUGCGAGGGAAAGGGAGAGAGACGAUGAGCCAUGGCGACGAAGGGAUGAUGAGAUAGACCAAUACCGCAGGGUUCGCGAGACGUAUGGGCGAGCACGGCGACGGGAUGAUUACUCGCGCAGCCCUCGAUAUGAGGCUGAUGGGGGUAGGAGCGACCCACGAGGUCGAUGGGAGUCGGACCAGGACCGACAAGACGGAUACAGGGACGACAGAUAUGAGAGGACGGACCGAGAUGGAUACAGGGGUGGCAGGUAUGAGAGAGGAGAUCGAGACGGAGACUGACGAGAUGACUCGCGCGGACGAUAUGACCGCGGGGGAUACGCGAGGGCACAACGCGACGAUUCGCAGGGGUGGUACGACCGAGGAGAUUGGCGCGAUGAGUCACGCGGGCGAUACGACCAUGAAGACCGCCGGAAUGACUCAGGGGGACGAUAUGAGCAAGGAGGAUCUGGAGGAGACCGCCGCAAUGAUUGGAGCGGGCGGAAUGAGAGAGGGGGAUAUGGCGCGUCGGCUGAUCCGUAUCCAAAGUCCCCUAAUCCCAGAGCAGCCAGGGGUUCGAUCUCUAGGAGCGCAGACGACAGGCCGCCCACUCCCAGGAACUCUUGCGUCUACUUGCUCUAUUUUGGAAUAUCUGGCAGCAUCCAAGCCGGCUCGCGACGAGUUACAGAUGAUCACGCGGAAAACUCGCAUACCUCUAUCGGAGGAGGUUCAGGUGACCCCUAAGGCGGAAGCUCCUACUGUAGCAGUAUCAGAGGUGACAGCUAGAGCAGAUCGCAUGGCGGCAGUUCUUCUUGAUGGGAUGGAAGGCGUGCCUCCAGACAAGUUUUACAUACUUGGAAUUGGGGUCGUGGAGGCGAUCCUAAACGACGGAGCGGUUCUAGAUGUUGUGAUCGAUAACGGCAGUGAGGCUGUCAUUAUAGACGAGGAUCUGGCAGAGCAAGUUGGACUGGGCCUCGAUAGGUCAUACCUAUUCGAGAUAGAGACGGCUGAUGGGAGAAAGCAUCAGAUCACAGGGGUUUGUCACAAGGCAGCCAUAGAGGUCCAAGGGGUACGAGUGACCGUGCCAGUCUUUGCAGUCAAGAACUGCAGCUCUGACCUGCUCUUGGGACGGACGUGGUUGAGCCAUGUGCAUGUGGUGACGAUAGAGCGACCGGACAGGAACCAGACAUUGUCCAUUAAGAAGCUAGAUGGGACGCGGGAUAUGAUUGAAACGGUGGGGCCUCGAGACCCGAGGAACAGAGCAGCUCUCGUUGUGGGUGCGGGACCCAGUGAUCGGAUCAAGUCAUUACCUAUCUCCGGCCGCGCGGUGCGAUUUCGCGAGAAGAAGUAUGGACCUCUGCUCACAGAAGAAGAAGGCCGGAUUGUAGAAGUGGAAGAUUUAGGAAAUCGGUUGAUAAUGGAUGAGAACUCUUAUCCAAAGGAAAGGAACGAAGAAUUCGGCGGCGUGAUAACUGUGUCUUUUUUAAGGGCACAACCCCCCUACGCGGAGCAACCCAAACACCACAAACGAGUAGCUCAGAAAGUUAAACCUGUUGCGGUACGUCGAGAGCGAUCUGCGCUAGGAGGAAUAUCUGAAGAGGAGAUCUCCAAAGAGAUUAAGGAAAGAAAAAAAAAAAAUCCGUUGCGUAGGAUAGCAGAGAUGGAUAUCGAACGUAACACCGCAGGAAAGAGAACGAGUACUAAGGGUAUUCAAGACUUGCGAUAAGGCUAUAACUUUCAGCGACGCGGAACGGGGCCGAAUUGACCCUCGUUACUCUAAACGAGCGAGGAUCUGCACGAUUUCGCACACUCCACAAUCGGAGCGGUUUUUAGCAGCGCUCGUCGGGGGUGUGUUUGUUCGGAGGGAUUUUACCGAAUUUUUUUCACCUUUCCCGCACAAAACCGGAGACGUGCACUCUUAGAAACGCGGUAAUUAAACAUUUGUUUAUUUUUAUUAUUAUUAUUAAUCGUUAAUUAAAACAAAUAUUCCGUCAUAAA